UAUACAUGUACAUCGAUGACACCCAAUACCCAUUGGAAAAACACUGGUUUUCCGGCCAUAUUCCAACCCGUCUUUUUCUCCAUCUAAAGAAUGCUAACCACGGUCUACGUGUUCUGGGAAGCCGGUGUUAGAUUACAAUAAAACCGUCCCACACUCAGCGUGCAGCGUCCCCGUAUUAUACCACGCACUGCACAUGGUAUAUUCAUUCCAGCUUGGGUGGCGAGAGCACGUCUACAAAACAACGCCAUUUCCUUCCUUGUUUAGAACAGACGCGUUUCAAUACACACGACCGGUUAUCUUUUGGUCUAGUAAUUUUUGGUUGCGGUGAAGUGUUGGUUUUUUUCUGGUAACACAACCGUUCAGACACAUAUUCACUACAUGUCACAGUGCGUGUGUUUUCUUAUCUGGUUCGGGAAUUCUUAUGCAAGUUUGAAUCCAGCAACUAGUGCACCGUACAUGCCGUACCGGGCGAGUUUUAUCAGCAACUCCGUAUUGAUAGUGUCUUGAAAAAAGCACGGGUCCUGAAAAGACCGUGGUACCGGUAUGGUAUAACCGUCUAUUAUUACCGUGGGUGGAGGUGACACGCAGAGACUUACAGACGGCUGCCUGGGGCCGGCUUGUGUGCAUAUCAACGGGAUACAGCACACUGGAACGGCCUUGAUCUUUGUACUGUUUUUUUUUUAAUAACCAGCUGCAGUACGCCACGUUUGCAACGGUUUCGCCGCGGUGGAAACGUUUUGGCGGCUCGGCGCCAUCGUUCCUGGAUAUAUCGAUUGUUGGCUGCUCAUUUCUAGUUGAGAAACAUGGAUAGGCAAAUGCAUGUCAGCAUUGCGGAGCAGGGAUGCAAGAAAACACCGACCUCAGCCAAGCCACGCCGGACGAGCUACUACAAGAAGAAGGGCCGUCAGGGCCGGCGGACCAAGCUGACUGGCUCAUUGCUGGGGGCCAUCACCAAGAUCAUUAACGAGACGGAGAUCAUGAGCAUCUCCCACCUGAGCCAGGAGCUGUUCGCCCGGGGCCACAGCCUGUCCCGCUCCACAGUCUUCCGGGCCAUGGAGGUUCUGGGACUGCAGAUGGACCGAGAUAGGAAGGUCUGGUGCGCCGGGCCGGCUCGGACGCAGGCUGGACGCGAUCCUGCUCGAGGUACAAAACACGACGCCAACAUGAGCAUUGAUGAAGGCUACACCAAGUUACAUACCAACUCCACUUCUGCUAACACAGGUUCAUUUUCUGGUACAUCAGAAGACACUCUAACUCUAACAGCGAGCAAUUACAAUUAUCCACAGCAAAGGGGGUACUCUUCUUCAAAUUUUCAAUACACUAACGAUCAUGUGAGCUUAUUCGAUACUGAAAUCUCUGAGAAUGGUGGUCUUUAUAUAGAGACACAAAGUCAAAACAGACAGACAAAGCGAGGAAUGGAUGACAGUCUCAACCUAGUAUUGCAGGACUUCGACUUGGAUCAGUGCACUGGGAGGCAGGGAUCCGCGCUCCUUGCAGACGAGUGGACAGACGCAGCCAAGGACCAAGAUGGACUGAGACCGGUCAACGUGACGUCAUCGACCUUCUUGCAGAGGAGGGGAAGAAAACGGAAAUCAGAUUGUCCAGCUAAAUUUGGUGCGUUCCACAACAGGAAGGAGACUUGUGUGGAUACAACCUGCUGGCCAUCAACAGCACCAGCAGCGGCAAGCAACGGACAUGCAGACGGAAAGCUAAAGGGUUCCAGCAGUGCAGAAUCACAAGCACCACGGACACUGCCAAUUAGUGUCAACCUACCUGCAGACAACCCGUGGAUACAUGUACCUCCCAAAACCUCGGUCAAAGCCAAGGAAUCAUCUACUCCUUCCCCUGGAGUCUACGACUAUGGGAUUAAAGACCAGGAGCGGCCACAAAGAUUACACCAGCAGGAGAAGCAGGCAGGAAAGAUGAGAACAGAAAAGCUUCCCACAGGCUUCAAAAGUAGAGCCGAAUCACCAGUUCUUCCAAGAACACUGACGCAGUCUUCUUUAAGGGAUAGUCUGAUCUCGGAGCCAGAAGCUUGUGAUAAUGGAACCUCAGUCUCAGGCAAAAUUGAACGUAGGAACAAAAGUAAUGGUGCUGCACCGAAGUUCAGGAGAGUUGCACUUGAUCAUGAGGUGGCUGGCUUUGUUGAGUGGGACGACUCUAAAUUUGUGCUGCGAGAUAGAAGGCUCAUUGGUACCACUUUGAAAGAUGACCAUGUGCCAGUCACCAGUUUUAAUUUGCAAGGCAGAGGUACAGAUCCCCCGCUUCGGAAAUCUACUCCGCAAAGUCAGCGACGCCAGCAGUCUAUUUCUCCACAGUUAUCUCCUGAUGCCCAGAAGGAAGUGAUGCAUAAAGAUGCGGGACAUCAACUUCAACUACAAAGUUCUGCAGCAAAUGGCGGGUUGAACCUGAGCUCCAAAAGUCAGCAAGCGAAGGCUGGUGCUAGCAAGUGGUCUGAGCAGCACUUGGGUAGGCAAUCACGCAAAGCAGGUCAAUUACUUGCAGGUGAUGAGAACAAGCCAAUGGUCAACUCUACCAUGCCGGGUCUCCGAAGGAUUUCCCCAGACAAAAGCAUGCGCCGAGAAACUGACCCUCAAACGGCGAGGCUACAUGCACUGACUUCAAGUCUGGCUGCCAAGACGUCAAGGAUCUCAGAGGCUUCGUCACAAGAUCUUGAAAUCAACCGGAGGAGAGCAACUGAUGGGAAAUACUCAGACAAACUCUCACCUGAUCUGUAUUCCAACAACGCGAAUCAUGAGUUGAGUGUGGACAGGAAUCACACGAUCGGCUCUCGUGCAGAUAAUGAACCACGGGUGACACAAACAAGGCAGAAAGCUUUCUCAAAAUCAUCUCUACCAUCAGCAAACAAGCAUGGUGCAUCGGCUUGUCCACAACAUGAGAGCAUCCAAUCGAGCCAAAAUGCUUGUGGUACAGUAAAUGCACCAGCCUCAUCUGAUAUGAACUGCUUCUCCAUGUUUCUGCCAGAGCUUAAAUCCUGGAUGCAAGAUGUCUCCAACAGGCUCAACUCAAUGGAAAACCAGCUGCAGUACCUCACACAGAUCAUCACUCAACCUAGCGGGGCAACAGAAGAGGCGGACGAGAAACUCUCAGAUGAAGAGGAAACUGGGGAUAGGGAAGCAGAAGAGACGGAUGAAGAGGAUGCAGGAAAAGCUGAGGAUGAGGAAGGGGUGGAAGAGGAGGAAGAGGGGAGCCAGACUUGGGACACAUCCCUGCCUCCUAUUAACACUCCAGACAGCAAUGACAUGAUCAACAAGUUGCUGAGUGAUGAACGCUGGAAUAGCUUUAGCCCCUAUGUUGGUGGAACCAGGCUGGCAAUCAGGCUUGCCAGAGACUGCAUCUUCGGCUCAAAGAUCUUGUCCAAGUCCACAGUAACUGGACGCAAUGGAAUGAAACCUCUACAACGGGACGGCGUCAAAAAGAUCAAAGAUUGCCUGAUGCAGAUUUACGGCCCAAAGUGCAGUGAGGUGGAAUGCGAGAUACUCUGGAAGAUGGCACGUGAGAGUCUGUCCCAACUGUGCAAGCGAACCCGCCGCCAGUUUGCGAUAGAGGCAAACGACAAUGAGAUGGAUGAACAAGCUUAGGUGUUGAGGGAACUUUUGCAAAAUGUGGUCUACUACAAGCAACUAAGGGUAUUGCAAAGGCAACCUGGUUAACGCAUGUGAAAAUGAACCCUGUCAUAUGAACCCUAUAGCUUUGUGUGUGUACGCAAGUUUGGAACAAUUAAACCAAGCAUUGGCGCGUGAAAACUACCAUACCAAUAAACAUUUUGUGGAGCCAACCAGGUUCGUUAUGGUGAUACACUACUGUACUGGUUCGCUCGUAAGCCUUUCUGAGAUGUGCUGGACACAAUACGAGGGCGCUGUUUGGUUUGGGUAUUUACGUGAACUCUUUUAUA